UUUUUUACAACACCGGUAUGACAGGAAGUGACGUCACCCAGGACAGGAACCCAUCGCUGUGUGUAGUGCUGUUAUUGUGCUCGGAGGAGGAAAAGAGGAGAGCGGCCGGAGGCGCCAGAUACACCGCGGGGGAUACGAGGCAGCAUGUCUGACCAGGAAGCCAAACCAUCCAGUGAGGACUUAGGAGAUAAGAAAGAUGGAGGCGACUAUAUUAAACUGAAAGUAAUUGGCCAGGACAGCAGUGAAAUUCACUUUAAGGUAAAGAUGACGACGCACCUGAAAAAGCUGAAAGAAUCAUACUGUCAGAGACAGGGCGUUCCCAUGAAUUCUCUAAGGUUUCUUUUUGAAGGACAGAGAAUUUCAGAUCACCAGACCCCGAAAGAGCUGGGCAUGGAAGAGGAAGAUGUUAUUGAAGUUUAUCAGGAACAGACUGGGGGACACUCUUCGUUUUAAAAUUUCCCGGGUUUUUUCAUCCCUUUUUUUUUGGCACUUCCUUUAUUUGCCAUGUUGGAUUUUUUUCUUUUAUUUUGUAAUAUGCUGUUUUACCUUCCCUACGUACUGUUUCAUUUCUCGCCGUAUCAAGCCAGCUGUUGUCACCUGAACAUCACUUCAUUUCAGCUGCAACAGUAUGAUGUACCAAGAUGAGCAACUUCUGCAUACUGCAUCAGUUAUGGCCUUUCUGUCUUCUCUGCUUCUAAACAGUGAGGAUCCAGCAUGGAAAAGACAUGGUAAUGUGAAGACAGGGCGAGAACGAGCUGGGGACUUUGGAACUGCUUCACUUCUAAAGUAGAAUAACCAUGACACCAUGAAUAACUUCAUUGUUCCAGCACCUGCCCAGGAGAUGUAGGAAAUAUGUUCUUAGAAGUGUCCAUGCUACACAAUUCAUUAUGUACAAAUGUUUGGUGUAUCUUUUUAUUUUUGUGGGGCAUGGGUUUUAAAAAAAGAAAGAAAAAAGAAAAAAAAUGCGUUGUCUGUAUUGGCUUAAUUGAAGUAAUAUUAAAAAAAAAAA